GCUCAAGGAAGCUGAAAGGCAAUUAGGAAAAAAUAAGCUGCGCAUGUAAUCUGCUUUAUCCUUCAUCUAAAGAUUUCAUAGCAGUUUCUUCUCCACUAUAGAAAAAUAUUGCUCUAUGACAUUCAGAUCCUCUCAAGCAAAACUUCCAAUACUGGCAGAAGCAUAGGAGGAGUAGGGAGAAAUUUGGGGUGGUCAGUCUUUAGGCCACAAGAUGUCACAGCCGCCUUCGAAAGGGCGGCCCCGAGGCAGCAAGCCUCGGUCGCAAAACAUUAUGCUUGGAUGCUUCCUAGACUUGGUUCGUGAUGUAGUCGUGUUUUUGGCUCUUCGGUAGCCACUGAAGUCUGCUGGUUUACCUAGUGGACCCACACCUAACCUAACCUAUCAAAGACACUGACGUUAUACUUCUACUUGUAACUUCUGAGCGUCGUAGGAAUAUGUGAGUCCUCUCUACAGUGACUCCCUAUACAUUCUCUAAUCCUCUCCCCAACAUUGAGGAGGCGUUGUGGCAGCGAUCAUGGGGCAUGCGGAACAAGACUCACUGGUAUAUGCGGAAUCUGAUGCGGAACGUGGAUUAUUACUCAGUGAAGACGGAAGACGAGCCAGCACCGGAUGUGCUGCUGGCCACCAAGGAAGACCUCGCUUUUGCGAAGGAGGAGACGAAAAACAAUAAACAUAAACGGUAUUUGCUUCAGACUUGUUCUUCUUUCCGUAGGCAUUUUAGAUCUCUUCCGUAGUACUUCUUUCCGUAGCACCAAAAUCUCUACGGAAACAAUAAACAUAAACAUAAACGGUAAGCAGUAAGAACUACAGUAAGAUCUUUUGUGAGCACAGAAUGAAGAGUGAUUGAAUGAACACUUUCAUUCUUUCGAGUGUAGCUCUGGUAACACCAAUCAGGUUAAAUCCUCUAGCAGCUUUUGUUAAAUACUAAGUAGCCUACUAUCAGGUUAUCUAUUAGAAAGAAUAUCUGAAUAUCUGAAUAUCGAUCCGAUGCUAAGUAGCCUACUACUUAGAAAAUCUCCAUCAGGUUAAAUCCUCUAGCAGGCGACUUUCCCGACAACUCAGAGGGGGAGGUGCGAUCAUUAGGGAAGAAGGAGAAAAUAGUAGAUUACAUACGAGAUUCCCACCUAGUGAAUGCCGAUGGCACCAAAGACCCCAGCACCUUGGAGCAUGCGAAUAUAGUGGGUACAGUCUACUCUCCAAAUCCAAAUCCAAAUCUGUCUACUGUGUGCGACAACUCUACUGGUACCAUGCUGUCUGUCUGCUAGUAGUAUUUCUGGUUCGACAACUCUACUACUCUGUCUGCUGUUCGACAACUUUACGCACAUUUCUAGGUCCCUCGAAUCUGGCAGAAGUCGAGCACCAAACACGGAAGGGCCAAGUCAUCUACAAUAAGAUCAAGUACCAGCUGAGGAAUUUUAGCGACACGCAGAUACCGAACCAGUGGCAGACCACGAAGCACGAUGAACUGAUGGAGAAAAUACAUCUAGAGCGGAACGCGAUGACCAAGUCUACUAGUGAUUAUGAAGACAUUUUCUAAGAACUAUGGACAAUCUUCUGCCUUUCGACACUAAAGCGGACAAGACAUCUUUAGUUAAAUCCUCGUCUGAAUUUGUAUAAGUAAUGUUGCGGUGGAGAACAUCGAUCGGAGGAUUCCGUGACUACUGGAAAGGAUAUUGUGGGAAGGAUAUUGCGUUGUCUAUUACUAGAAAGACUUUUAAAUGAAUAACGUUUUGUGAUCCUCGCUCUUUCUAACCCCUCUUGCAGCAGCACACGAAGGAUGUCUUGCGAGAGAAGUACGAGUUAGAGCUGGGAAUGCCAAGGCGGCGGACGGACAGGGAGUUACUGGGCAAAAGCGCGAUUGAUAAGAUGAAAAUAAGAACCGAGGAGGACAAAAAUAUGACAGAAUGGGUUAAGAAAUAUAGCGCCUGCGAACGGGAAUGCACGCAGAGUUUGGCGAGGCUGAGGAGAUGCUUGUAUUGGAUUUGACAAAAUCUAGUUUUUUCUACAAACCUCGUUUUUUCAACCAUGUAGGAGGGCAUCAUGGUCUCUUACAGACGAGAAACCUGAGGAGAUGCUUGUAUUGGAAUUUCCUUCUAAGCAAAUUGCGUGGAGUUUUUAUCUCUGAGUUCAAACUCUCCAUUUGAAUAAGCUUCGGCUGACCUCCUACAAAGACCGUUUUUUCAGCUACGAACGUAGUACAUCAUGGUAUCGUGCAUAGAAAAAACCUCACGUGAACAUCAGUGCAUAGAAAACACUUCUCUCCACAGGAUGGAGCCUUAUAGCUGACGCAAAACAUACACCUCUCUCAAUAGGAUGGAGUUAACCGACGUUAAGCACAUAGCAAGAGAAUCGCAGCUAGUCCGGACACAGAAGCUCUCAGAGGCGUUGAGCUAUACUAGGAGUGGGAAGUUGAUUCGACUGCUGAUUCGGGAAUUGAUAACCCUGGAUUGCGCAGACAUCCUCGAGCGAGUGAACAACAAUUUGCAGGUGACAAUACCAUCGUCUUAGGCCAAAUACCUGUCGUGGUAGUUGAUACCCGUAGGUCAUCAAACUUUAUCAACCACAUGAGGCUCGUGAAUGUUGCCUUCUUUAGCCAGAAAUAGUUUCUUGAUCAUUUUAAAAUCGGCGGGUUCGUAGGGAAUAGAAUGGUAGAGGAGCACUAAGCUCCGCCUGCCGCCGGUUUGCGAACUGGAUAAAGCUGAGGCAGCUCUUUCAGUAGCCCGAGAAUACAAAAAAAAAAGAAACUCCAAAUCCAGAUCCAAACUUCUUUUUCAAGUCUCCAAAUCCAAAUCCAAAGGUAGACGUGUCACUUCCGAUGAAGAAGGAUUUGAUAGACUAUUGCAGGGCAGAAAUGCAGUUGUUUGACUUGGAUCUAAACCUAGCGCAGCUCCGGAAGCAUUAUCUAGGUACUUAUCCUUUAUAUAUGGUGACUACUUUUAGCAAACACUUCGAUUUUUCUUGUUUUCUUUGUUUUUUACCUAAGGUCAAGUGGUACUUCAAUUACCUAAAUUUUAGGCUACCUGUGCGUGGUACUUGUCUUCAGGAUACUUGUUGAUAGUUACCCUUUUCUCUUUUCUAUCUUCCUCUGGUCUUUCUCUUUUCUAGUUAGGUCCUCGGCUCCACCACAAUUUAUAGUGACUACUUUUCGUGUUUCUAUUUUUCUCCUUACGGCUCUACAACAAUUUAUAGGGACUACUUAGAUCAUACUCUUCGGGACUACUUACUCAGUACACGCAUUUCCAAGAACUACUCCAGUAGGUACUUCGUAGGAACUGCUUACAGCUCGUUUAGGGAAUUACAUUUUGAUAGCUUUGUUUACACAUCUUGCGGUUUACAUAUGUUCGUGAUCUUGAACAUCAGGCAUCACCGGUAGCUGGUCAGGGCUGAAGGAGCAUUAUGCAUUGAAGCACGGGCGGGCAGGAUCACGGGCGGAAGCGCUGACGGCUUUGUUAUGAGCGAUGCAGAAACACAAACAAUCGCUUUCGAUCUAGAUUGGCAUGUUUGCUAGGCUCUUCAGUAGCCGCUAAAGUCUGCCACGUCGGAUGGUAGGUCCCAGCCUAACCUAAGCUAAACAACUUGAUAUUGAAUAGAAAACAAUACCACGACCUGUAGAGCAAAAAACAAAACGGCCACUGUAACACUCAUCAUCCCCAUCUAACCUCCGUGGACGGUCCUACCAGACGCGCGAUGGAAGCGAAUUUCGACUCGAAAGCGGCUCCCGCAAUACCCAAACCUCGUGUACCAGAGAGGAAAUUGCACAUGAGGUCUGAAAUCUUCGACCUGGAAAAACAUUAAGGCUACCGCUGAAUCCACUUCUUCGACGCCAACGCCAUCCUGGGCUUCCUUAAUUUUAAGGGGAAAAAAGAAGGGUCCAAGGAGUCUCAAGGAUAUGGUUCGCAAGGAUAUGAGUCUCAAGGAUAUGAGUCUCAGCGGUAGCUCUAAAAAGAAAAGGAGCUACUCCUAGAUAGGAUACUAGAGUUCCGAGAGCAGUUUGCGGAAAAAGUGUUGCGCAAAUAUGUCCACAAGAAAACUAGGCCGUUGCAGCCGGAUCCAGACGCGAUGGCGGAAGGUAUCUACUAAUAGAAGCAAAGUAUUUUUGAACAGUCACACCAUGGCGUGGCUUUUGGUUUUUACCUUAGAAACGGCAUGCAUGUUGCAAUCACAUUCGUGCGCACAAAGUCUAAAAAUGAUUUAGAGUGUUCCAAGUCGUUGAUGAUUUUUGUUGUGACUUGGCUGUUUAUGGUACUAUUGAUCAAAAUCAGGAUGAGAAAGGUUCUUCUAGAUACUAGUCAUCAAUUGAACUACAUCUAGCAUGUUGUCGAGAAAAAAUGCUGAGAAAAGCAACAACAGGUCUCCACGUGCUUUCCGUUCUUACGUCUGAGGAGUACGCUAGGGAGGUUUUUGCGGCUUACGAUAGGGGACAAGACGCCAAGGACUUCGGACAGCGAACCAUGGGUCCGUGGCUAUUACAGCAGGACAAUUUAGAGGACAUUAGAGCCCUCAACCGAACACGACCGACAAUGCGAGGCAACGAGAUUAAGUUGCCGUACACACGAGCAGCCACUGCGUGUGCAAAAAUGAGUAAUCUCCGCAUGCCAGGAGUCGGCCCAGUGCGAUGGGGACAUAGAGUCUUCGAUUGAGGUGUUAGUCCUUCUCUUUUCAGAUGUGCAUAACUCAGUUCUUUCCCUAUUAUAAAUGUAGACUAUUGCACUUGCACUCAAUAUUUCACUUUUUACCAUAGAUCACGAAUAGAUCCCUCAUCUUACUUAAAUGUCAUGUUAACCUAGUGGAGCCACAAGGGCUCCCACAGAUAGCGCUACCACGACGCUGCAAAAACAUGCACAACGCAUACCAUGUUAAGGAAAUUCUCACAGUCUUCAAUGUAUAAAUCGGUCAUUGCUGCCAUUUUUUACUCGUUAGAUACACUCGAUACUCGUUAGAGACGGCGGCACAUGCGUCUCUCUUGAUGCCAUCGAAGUUUGGUAAGUCUUCUCCGAUACAACAAACCUUAAAUUCUGGUGUCAUUCUGGUCAUAACACAUUCAUCGAAUAGGAUUAGAAGUCAGAUCACUAGUACAUGAGCUGGUAGCAUAACCUGAUAUAGUUGAGCUUUGAACAAUUUAUCGAUGUAGAGACACCUCCACGUCCAUAGUGGUCAACAUCCUUGAUUUCCACAGUUGCAUGAUUCCUAUCAUUCAAAUUAAAAGUUUUCCUAUGCGGCUCGUCCAAGGAACGGCCGCAAAGGUCAAAAUGUCACCAGAAUUUUUUGUCGCCUUUUUCCGUUGAAUAGCAUCUCAUGGUAAAUUUACUACUAAAACAUUGCAACUAAAACACUUCAUAAUCAAGGCUACAGACACAGCUGGAGAAUGCACAGGCGACUAUUUUCUGUACGCUUUAGUUGGAGAAGAGCAUUGCCAAGAUCUACCUAUUUACUCUGUUACCAUUGGGCUAAUGAACAUAAAAAAUGGAAAGCUUCUCUAGCAACAGAGAAGGAAAGCGAGCUCCUUCACAUAUGAUUCAGAAUGGAUUAUAGUGGCAUCAUGUCAUGUAAUAGUAGUCGCGAGCACUACGAUAAAAACAAAAUGAUUGCUACGCGAGUUGCGUGUGGUAUCAAUCUCUGGUGCGGAAGCCUCAAGAUUUUCGUACUAGCAAAGGAC